CUUCGGAGCUCAUCCACGAGGAGGCUUACGGAUUCUGCCUUAGCUGACCGUUGCUGACCGCGUCUGGUACUGUAUUGGUCCACAUGCCUUCAUGAGCUACUCCGCGUGCACAAGAAGUUGUACUACAGGCCCCGGUCAGCCGUCUCCCGUGGUUCCCAGCAGGGUCGCACGACGCGGUUCCCCGACAUGGCAUCCUAUAAAUCACAGUUCAACCCUCCAAGGAGGUCGGACCUCCAGGCGCCGUACGCUCAGCGCGCUCCAUCCACUCGACUACCCUCACGCUCCGUCACACCUACAUCCGCGCAGUCACAAAUCCCCACUCCGAACCCGUCAAAGUUGCAAAAGAAGAAAUACACGAGAGAUGAGCAGGGGCAACGCGGCGGGGCGGUCGAUAAUCAGCGCAUGGCCGCGUCGAAGUCUUCGAUAACGGAUGGGAGUCGCCGAGGCACGUCGAAUGCUGCCAUACAUAUACCUCAUGGGCCUCCAGUUAUGUCAAUACCCCGAUCUAUUCCGCAGCCUUCGUCUUCUCGUCUUCCUCGAUUAGAGCCUGCCUCGACUGCUCGUACGCCUUCCCUGGUUUCUGGAUCUUCCGCGUCAACAAUCGACAGUCCGAGGUCAAAUAUACUGAGGCGAAAACAAUCGUCUAUUGGAGUUGGGAAUGCGAGGCAGGCGUCGCGCACAAGAUCGGACUCGAUGUCCUCUCAAGAAGACCGACAGCCAGCGAGGGCAAUUCCCGGGGGGUACAAGGAUCCAUUCUCAGAAACAGUCCUAGGAAUAUCGCUACCACCGACUUCCUCGAUCCUGGCUCGAGCUGAGCCGGAACUGUUUCCUCCCGAGAGGCAAGAAUAUGUGUACGACAUGCCAGAUCAAUUAGCCACAGACAAUUUGCCACCUCCAGCGCCUACCUAUGCUCUUUCCACCACCCCCUCAACCCGGUACUCGGAAUCCCCUGGGCCCUUCAGCGUAACAUCGACUCCGACUUCAAUGUCCUCCUACUCACCUGGUGUUGCGUUGACGACAAAGCCCACUCGAAUGAGGCAGGCUAGCCCUAUGCAGAGUAGGCCGCCUGUCACAAGACGAACACCUGAAGCUACCUUCAAUUUGCGCCAGCAACAUGGUCUCUCGUCGGUCAGAGAGUCUACCAUCUCGACGUCAUCAUCGUCGACAGUUCGCCAGGACUCUGUGAGACAGAAAGAAAGAGAGAGGAACCAAAACAAUCGUCUGGAGGCGCCUCCUCCGAGCCCCCCUAUUCAGAUAUCAUCCAUGUACUUCACCGUAUCCCAGACCGAUGUUUCUCAACCCAGCAAGUCCGUUGAGCUACAGCUAUCGCCGCCACUUCCCAAAGCCGCCAAGCAAACCCAGAUCCCACCUGAACUUGCUCAUCUAGCGGACCAAGCACAGCUACGAAGGCCAUCAACUCGGAGACCAUCUAGGCCUAGCCGGGACGGAACAUCUGAUAUUGUUGGGUUAAGGGAGCCUUCGCCGGUCAUCCAGAGCAACAUGUCGAGUUUCCCAUCACCUCACAAGCGUACAAGCUCAUCGGACUCAAAGACAGGCGUUUCAGCUCCAUAUCCUACCGGCAGGACUCGAUUCGGUGCUCCCUCGAAGCCGCCCUCGCGUAACCCAUCGCCUAAUCCCAAUCUUCCCUCUGGCUUUGCUCCAGUGUCUCGCGUGCCAACCCGAGGCACAACUCCAGAUGCUCAGAGCGACGUAGACAAGAGGCGUGCGAAGACUUUGCCUGCUCCAGCGCCUGUCCCAAGCCUCAGCAAAACGUCGCGAUUUGGUUUCUUCAGUCGACGGACUAAGACAGAUCCAACUGUGACAUCCUCCAAGUCGGAUAAGAAAUUGCAGCGGAAGGGUCCAAUGGCUGGUACUGGCCAUGAAGGCUAUAGCAAAUACAACGUAAGGGGUCGCAGUGGAAGCUCUGCGAGCGCUAAUAGCGUCGGCGGAACAGCUAGUGCUGGCACGACUACGGAAAGCUUGAACAGGACACCAUCAAGCCGUAAGAGCAGCAUGACCAGCACCACCAGCGCUGAGAUGGAUGACUUCUUCUUGGAAAGGCUCGCUCCUGCGGUGAUUCGAGGAACCGGCAGUUCGGAGCUCUCUCGGAGCCCAGAGCCCAUGCGUAGCGUCAGCAGCAUUGAGACCGAUCGACCGAGCAUCGAGAUGAGGAUUGGUCCCAAUACUCAAAAGCCAGUCUUUUCUACAAAAAACGAUGUCGAAGCUAGCAAGCCAACAUUACUUCCAUCCGCAAUGUCUGAUCCAGUUCGCACCGGGUCACCAAUGAAGAGACCACCGAUGACAUCGCGCAGGUCUUCCGCCAGCGAUGAUGAAUCGAAGCGUUCUUUUCUUCCAUCUCUUGCUGCUCGUCGCACUUCGCGGAGAUCACAGUUUAUGGAUGGAGGACCACUUGCCAAGGUCCCUUCCCCUGUCAAUACUUCUGAUAACAAGGCCAUGAAUGGUCUUGACAGCGCAUUGUCUGGGAAGCAAUCCAUAGCCUCUAACAAGUCUCGUGUCGGAGUGGAUGAUGUUUCUGAAAGCAAGGAGGGCAACUGGCUCAAGUCGAAGAAGGCUGCGCCAGUAGCCAAGCCGACCAGGAAAUGGAACUUCUUCCAGAGAGCCCACGCCGCACCUAAGGCCGACUCGCCUGUCGUAGAAAACGGUUCUGUGCCUAGACCUACCACAUCACGCUCCGUCGCUCACUAUGCGCUUAUGGAUCCCCCCAACAGCAUGGACCUGGAAGAUUUAGAGCAGAUCAUGCAAGAGGCCGACAGCACUCCAGAGGAGCAGUCCGCCUUCGAGGAUCAAAAGCCCACCCAGCAAGCUCAACAACAUCCUGGCAAGGGGCAUAUUGAAUCAAUGUUACUUCCUUCGCCGCCCGCAUUCCCGUCUGGGUUUGCAAGACCAACUAGACCCGCUUCACCCCAAGUUACAUUGCGACGAGAACAGCAUGCUGAGCAUCACGCGUUGCCUAAUAAUAAUUUCUCCAAUCAUGUUCCUAAUCUACCCAUCUCACCUCCCCAGGAGCAGGUUUCAGAAAGGGAAAUACCACGAGCUUUGUCUCCACCGGAGACCCUAGCCCCACCGCAGUAUUUUGCUCCACAGGCCUAUUCUCCACCGGCACCUCCACCAUCGUUCCCCCCUCCGAGGCCGAGUCGACUUGCUCAAGUUGGGCGUAUACCACAGGUUGUGUCAAGAAGAGACCGAGAUCGAAAGCCGCCCUCAGUGUCCUUCUCGAGGCCGUUUGUUCCUGAUCAGCCUCAUCCCUCCAUUCCAGUCCGGACUUCGAUCGAUUCCACGAAUUCAGUACUCGCUACCUCUGGACCAAUAGAGUCGUUCCCUGUGCUGCAAGGACUCAAUGCCCUCAAUCAUGGAUCUGCUAUCGCCGGUAUCAGCCCUGAUCGCCACGACUCCAAUGCCAGCGAGUUUUUCAAGUUUCCCUCCCGGAAAGAUUCAGAGCUGUCAUACUCUAGCAGCUCGGGUAUUUGGAGCUUCCCGCCGACCACUGGAACUGCUAUCAUUCCAGAUCCAACUGCGCCUCUCUCCGAGGAUGAGCUUUGGAAUGAGUAUGAUGACCUUAUUGACGAGGUUCUUUCUCCCAUGGACUCCAAGAAACCCACAUCGUAUCAAUCCAACGGCCUCGCAGCAAACGAAGGAAGAUCGAAUCGUCAACCUCCUCCCGGUCCACUAACACUCAGCACCAAAACAAAGCGGGUACAUGGCACUUCCAAUUCUGGUGGCUCAUCCACAGGACCGGCAACGACGUCGUUGCACCUUCGCCGCUCUCGUCUCCUGGCUGUGCUUCACUCUGCUCAAACGCCUACUACACCUCUUUCUAUGUCGGAGUUCUUUGCUGGCUACGGUGAACGGAACCUGAGCGUCAUUGACCCUGUGACCGGCCGCCUCAGCCUCUCCAGUGCCCGCAUGUCGUCUGGACCCGGCCCCCAGAACCGUCCCGGCUCCACUCGUUCAAGUCUCCCUGCAUCGCUUAGCCUCAGUGCACGCCAGUCCAAGGCUACGCUGGCGUCUACUUCUGACAAAAGCCGCAACAGCAACUCUAGUGCGGCCAACAGGUACAGAGAUACGCGGUUGAUCGAGAUGGCAGAAGCCCAGAACGACGGGCUGGUUUCAAUGGCCAACCUAAGAUUUGGUGCCCUCAUGACCAGCAAAUGGCUCAGCUUUGGACGUGUCCUAUUCAGCCCUGCUCAUUUCGAGCUCAAAGACCCAGCGGAGGAUCGCGUGUUGGUAAUCGAUGGCCUUGGGAAGGAUUGGUCCUACUACUGCGCUCUCACCUACCCCGAAGCCACAGUCUACAACCUUGGCCCAGGUGUAUACAGCAUGAACGCCAAUACCAGCACUGGCGAGCCCUGGUCUACUCUCCCCAACCAUCGCCACAUUGCUCAUCCCUCGCUUGUCUACCCUUUUCCGUUCCCGAGAGGCUUCUUCGCAACGGUCGUUCUGCGCUUCCCCGCCGCCUUGCCAUCCUCAGUCCACCGCUCCAUCGUCUCGGAGUGCAAGCGUGUGCUUCGACCUGGCGGGUACCUUGAGAUCUCGGUUCUUGACCUCGACCUCGUGAACAUGGGCAACCGAGCCCGGCGGGCCGUCCGGGGCUUGAAGGUCCGCCUGCAAGCCGCCGAGGAGAACAUCAGCCUGCGAAAUGUCAGCGAUGAAGUCAUGGGCCUGUUGGGCCGCCGCGGAUUCAGUGGAGUGACGAGAUGCUUCGUCGGCGUUCCUGUCGCGGGACACCUACCUACGGCAAACGCAGCUCCCAAUAGCGACGGCAGCAACAGUACUGCCACGGAUUCGGACAAGACUGCUACGCAGAAACUGUCCUUCUCUGACCUCCUCAACUCGCCCUCUCCCUCUGAUCCUGCUAAAGCAUCCUCCGUCGAUGAUGGCAUCGCGGAGAUGGUCGCAAGAGUGGGCCGGUGGUGGUACAGCCGAUGCUACGAGGCUGCUGUGUUGCCUACCGACGCCGACCCGGCAAAGGCGAUGGAGAGCAGUAUCUGGUCCGACGAGGCGCUGAUCCGGGAGUGUGAGAAGCGCGGGACGAGCUUCCGGCUGCUGAUUGGGUAUGCGCAGAAGCCUGUUGUUGGUGUUCGACGAACCGUCAGUGUGUGAUGAUGAUGCUCACCACCUACCUCCCCUUAAUGAAGGAAGAAGAAGAAGAAGUAAUGAUGUUUCGCUUCUCGAGCGGGACUCACCACCAUUUGCAUAUCGGGUUUUAUGAUUUUUUGUUUUAAUCGGGCUUUAGCGAAACUUUCGUUCCUGCUGCGUUCUAGCGACCACUAUAUCCUUUCGUUUUCUCACGCAUACAACGUCUCUCACGGCCGGUCAUGUGGGAAGCUUGGCUAUAUCAUUAUCAUAUUCAUAUUCAUUGGGCUGCAUAUUUGCAUAGCGGACGGCAUUUUUUACAAGAGGGUUUGGGCUCACAGCCUACAUUUGUUGGAAAGGGGAACGGCGAUAUCGUAAUCGGACUGGAUCGGAUUAAUGGAUGUAGAUAUGAUGGC